AGCAGAAACAUACGAAUAAGUGAAUUUAUGGAGAAAUUCGACAAACUAAAUCACGGAAUCAUCAGCAAAUCCGAGUUUUGUCGGGCACUGGACUCUUCAAACAUAAAACUAAACUCCAACCAGCUUGCAAGUAUUUUCACAACACAACGGAGAUUGGAUUUGGUUCCAAUGUUUAAGGACUUUGAUGUGAAUAAUGUUGGGAGUAUUUCCCGGCCUCAGUUUGAUCGUUCUCUCUCUCUAUUGGGAUUGUCGCCCAUUUUAUGUCGAGACACUCAAGAAAUUGUCCAAAAAAUGUUUGGAAAGAAAGUCGGAGGGCGGGAGGACAUUGACUAUGUGGGUUUCUGUGAGAAGAUUAAUCAACUGGCGGGUUUUUGUCCUACUUGA